AUGAAAAAAGUUUUAAAGAAAGAACUUCAACCAAUCGAAGCAUCAGUGAGCUUCUGUUGUACAAAAAUUGAUGAUCUUUCCAAAAUUGUGGAAGCUCAAAACGAACAUAUCCAGGAAUUAGAAAAGAAGUACAACUACCUUCAUAACGAAAAAACCCAUCUUGAGCUUGAAAUGAGCUCACUGAAACAAUAUCUACGUGAUAUUGAACAGCGUUUAGACAAUGUGAUAGAAGUGAUAGGUAUUCCUAAAGCUAAAGACGAAAACCUUGUGAACAUAUCUCUCAAACUAGCUGAGACACUCAACAUGGACAGGACGCAGGUAGUGAAUAUUACACAUGUAGAAGGUCGAAAUAAUCGAGAUGGAAACAUCCAGGUGCAGUUCAAGCAUGCAGAAAAUGUAAGCUUAUGUGUGCGAGCCUCGAAAAAAGAAGCAGUAGUGAUAGAACAAAGCAUCUCCGAGGCCCCCGUGGAAGUUGCUAAAAUGAAAGUGACCAUACGACGCGCCCUGACCAAAGCCAAUAAGUCGUUAUUAUGGCUAGCACAACAAAAACUAAGACCGGCCUACAAAUACGUCUGGUUCGAGGAUGGAAAGGUGCUACUACGUAAAGACGACAAAUCCAAGCCUAAGGUCGCUCGAAGCGAAGCUGACAUUGAGAAGCUCUCAGCAUUAACGGAAAUAAUCGGCCAAAGUUCCAAGCGGUAA